UUCCGAAUCAAGCUGCCAUCAUGGACGCCAGCCGCGUGCAACCCAUCAAGCUAGCAAGAGUAACCAAGGUGCUGGGAAGAACUGGAUCCCAGGGACAGUGUACUCAAGUGCGAGUUGAGUUCAUGGACGACAGCAAUCGCUCCAUCAUCAGGAACGUGAAGGGCCCUGUGAGGGAAGGCGAUGUACUGACACUGCUAGAGUCUGAAAGAGAGGCCAGGAGGCUUCGCUAGUGGAUUUGUGAAAAUCGGAUGCCAAACCAGUUCUCGUGGAGCAAAUAACAACAGCUCAUGCAUAACAUGAUCAUUCAAUGACACAUGUUCUGUUUCAAAUAAAAUCCUUUUGACAUUACAUGUCA